AUGUACUACUAUCUCGACGCGACAGGUGACCUUCAGGGUCCUUACUCAACCUCAGCAUUUGAUAAAUGGUUUCUAAAGUACUUUCCGGCCGGAACUUUGAUCUACGAUAAAGAAGGUCGACCGCAUCUUAUCGAUGAUAUUGUGAACCAGAAAUUGAAGUCAAAAACCAAAGUAAUGUUCUGUGAUGAAUCAUCGAUUUUGGAGACAACAUUCGAUCGAACUGAUUUAGAUGUGACUAUUCAGUUGAACACCUCUUCUUUUGACAACGAUUCCACAUUGAAUCUAGACUACACUCAACUCGAGAACGGCGUUGAUGAAGUGGAUUGCGGAGUUGGGUCUGAACGCGACACAGAAGCCACGUACGUGCUACGAAUGUGCAACAUCUACAUGGAUCGCCGUGCCCUUCUGAAUCGUCGUCGCCAACACCCAGACACGUAUGUUCCGUUCGAACAUUCAUGGAGUGACUGGGUACCGCAACCUGUUCAAAUACACAUCGCUAUUCGUUCCAUGGUUCAUGCUCGCAACAAUAUCCAGAACUAUGAAGACAUUGUAGUGAAUGGUUACCUUCAUUUCCUCAAUAUUUACCCACAUCCAUGUAAACUUUGUAAUAUUGAUUUCGACGACUCGAAAGAAAUGCUCCUACACUUCAUCAGUGUUAUUCAUAUUCAACGUAGCUACGCAAAGAAUCGUCUAUUCUCCUACAUUGAUAUGCACUGUAUUAAAAAGAUAACUAAUGAAAUCGAGUUGUCUUACGAGACAAGAAACUUCCAUUAUCUGGCAAAAGAUGUUUUUGAAUUGAGACAACAACCAUCUUUCUUCGAUGACGUCGAUAUUCCAACAGCAUUCGAGAGCUUGAAAAGUACAGUUGCAGUUCUGCAAACCAUUCCUCUGUUGACUCCAACGUCACUUAAAAAUUCGAUUGACACUUGUGAAUAUGUGGAAGCAGCUCUUUUCUUCCGUCAGUUUGAAGAUCAAUAUAAUAAGACUCCGAAGAGUUUGCGCAGUCGGCGUUUUGGACCAACUGGCAAGACGGCACUCUACUUCGGAGUAUCUCGUCGGGACAUGGAGUACUGGUUAUCAUUUCUGGUGCCACUUCUAACUGGGAACUGUAAAGAAAUUAAGCACAAAGAGCCCUCUAAGUUGUCUCUACAGGAGAGUGAUUUCCCGUUGUGUUAUAAGCCAGUCGACGUGGUGAAAGACGAUUUCUCAUAUUCAGGCGAUGACUUGAUAUCAGUUCUCAACUACGUUCGUGACAAAAUCCGGAUUUCAUUCCCUGUCCUCGAAGAUUCUGAAUAUCGAACCACUUGUCGUUGGUGCCAUACUGAUAUCUGCACUCGUAACGGUGUCCUUCGUCACGUCCUCUACGACAAAUGUCACUUGGAUCGACUCACUUCAAUUUCAAAUGAUGAUCUUCGCCGUCUAUUCCGUUCACUUGGUAUCACCAUCACAAUGCCUUUAUUCCAUCGAUCAAAAUCCACGUCAUCAAGAAUGUCACCGUUGAGUCACACCGAAAAGCAGUUCAAUCUUCAACGUCUUCGCAACAUUUGCUGUCGAACAAUGGAACGAUCCGGUCUUCGCCACGUGGCAAUCAGAAGUUUUCCAUUUGGAUUGGUGAAUCAUUGUGAUUUGUGUGAUGUCGACAUUGAUCGUGUCGAUGGAUUAAUUUUUCACUUUUGUAACGAAGAACACACGGAUACCUUGAUGAACAACUCUCGAAUCGCAAGUUCCGACAUCAACUAUUGGCUGAAAAUCUUCAACGUUGGUGGACGCUCUUCCAAAAAGUGUUAA